AUGUUUCCCAGCCCCAGCACGUCCACUCCCUUCUCUGUAAAGGAUAUAUUAAACCUGGAGCAGAGUCAUGACGUUAUGGUGUCUUCUCUGGAUGUUUCUUCACGAAUGGACUGCUGCACCCUGCCGACCUCCUCCUCCUGUAUGCUGGCCCGCUUGAAGCAGGAGCCUCUGCGCGACAUGUCGUCCGCCACCUCGCUGUUUGGAGAAGACCUCCACGAGCCCAAGGCAGGCAGAGGCAAUGCACUUAGCUUUGCUACUACCUUUUAUGGGAAAUCACUCAUAGAGAUGGAUAUAGUUAAGGAUGGGAAAACUGAUUCUUUUGAGGGGAAACGCAGAAAAGAGGAGUUCAGUCCUGCGGCCGAGCCCGUGGAUAACAUAAAGCCCGAGGAUCCGGACCGACCGAGGCCACGGAGACGCAGGAAGCCGCGGGUCCUCUUCUCCCAGGCGCAGGUGUACGAGCUGGAGCGGCGCUUUAAGCAGCAGAGAUACCUGUCCGCCCCGGAGAGAGACCACCUGGCCGGGGUACUCAAACUCACCCCUACCCAGGUGAAGAUCUGGUUCCAAAACAGGAGGUACAAGUGCAAGCGGCAGAGGCAGGACCAGAGCCUGGAGAUGGUGUCUCUGCCGCCGCCCAGGAGAGUGUCAGUGCCGGUGUUGGUACGGGAUGGUAAGCCUUGCCUCGCUGCAGACGCGGCCACCUACAACCCGUCCUACAGCAUGGGUCACAUCAACCAUUUCACUUAUAACAACUACCCGGCUUUCAGUAACUACACCAACCCCGGCUGCAACACAAACUAUGCGUGUAAUUAUCCAGCAGCCACCAUGCAAACUAUGCAAGGAUCCUCCAACAACGGGAAUUACAUGAACUUCGGUGUAGGGGAGCUGAAUAAUGUCCAGAACACAUUUUCCUCUAGUAACGGUGUGUCUUCAUUACAUGGCAUUAGGACAUGGUGA